AUGCGUGUAUCCGCGUGUUUGUUGUUGUGUUUGGUGGUAGUGAAGUGUGUUGACGGUCAGACGGUCUCGAGCCCGUUGGCAGGAUUUUUGCAGACGGUUGUCGACGCUUUUCCGGUGAUCUGCGAUGUCUUCUUCAGUGUUUUUGGAGAAGUGAACGAGACCGCAUUCCAAACAGCGCUAUCGGCGGCGCUCCGACUGGUGGACCUGGCCUUCCCGGCGAAGCCUCUACCCCGCGUCCCUGAACCCUGGUGGGGAGACCAUGCUAAACGUGAUACCAGCGUCAGGAGGUUCACUGUGCACUUUUCCGAUGAGAUGAUAACAGACCUACGGCACCGCAUCCACAAUCGCCGGAACCUGACGCAUCCCCUCCACAACGCCGGGAACACCUACGGCACCCACGCCGGGUACCUCGCGCACUUUCUUGACUACUGGGCUAACGGGUACGACUUCGGGGCGAGGGAGGACUGGCUGAACAGCUUCCCGCAGAGCAUUACGAAUAUUCAGGGACUAGACAUCCACUUCAUCCACGCGAGAGCUCCCAACCCUCACGGGAAGAAGGUACUGCCACUGCUGAUGCUGCACGGAUUUCCAGUCACCGCCUUCGAGUUUGUCUACGUCAUCCAAGACCUGAUGGAAGAGAGAGAUGACUGUGACUUUGUGUUUGAGAUGAUCGUUCCACACUUGCCGGGAUAUGGGUAUUCAGAGGUUAGAAAGAUUAAUUUUUCUUCCAAUAUCGAAGAAGCUGAGGCGACAUACAAGAUCGGUAUGGCUCCGUACCAAAUGGGCAUCAUCAUGAAGAACCUGAUGCUGCGCCUGGGCAAGCCACAGUUCUACAUCCACGCCGGGGACGUGGGCCAGGCCGUUGGAGACGCCAUCGCUGUUCUCUUCCCUGAGAGAGUGCUGGGGCUGCAUACUAACUUCCCGUUCAGUACGCGCCCUCGGACAAUGGCCAAACUGCUGCUGGGACAGCUGUACCCGCCGGCCGUCGUGGAGGCCCAAUACGAAGACCGACUGUAUCCACUGACAGCUCGCCUGAAGUUCUAUCUGGAAAAUUUUGGCUACUUCCAUAUGCAGGCUUCGAAGCCGGACAACGUUGGUCACGGUCUGGACGACUCCCCAGUCGCCCACGCCUCCUGGCUGAUCCAGAACCUGAUCAUGGCCACGGACGUGGCCGGUGAGAGACUCAUCGACGGAAACCUGUCGGCCAACUAUAACAUGGAUGACUUUUACGACUCGUUCACCGUGCACUGGGCGUGUCGGAGUAUGACGACCGCGGCCAGGUCGUAUGCGGAGGCGUUGGCGGUGCAUCAAGACCCUUUGUCUAUGAGUACUGGUAAAGGUAGUUAUACUGUGCACUGGACGUGUCAGAGCACGACGACGGCAUAUGUGGAGGCGUUGGCGUUCUGCUUUUAUUUAUAUUGUCUACAAUGUUACGCCAUACGCUUAAAUAACUAUUUCAACAGGACCCCAACACCCGUCCCGUUCGCCGCCAUCAACUUCCGGCACGAGCUGAUCUACCAGCCGGACGACUUCCUCCGGGACAAGUACCCCAACCUGGUGCAGUCCAACACGCUGGACUUCGGCGGGCACUUCGCCGGCUACCAGGAGCCCGAGGUCCUGGCUGACAGCAUACGGACUGCCGUAGCCAAGAUGGAACAGUUCCAUGGAAACUAGGGGGCCGGUGUGGCUCGAGUGCGCAGGCAAUUGGACAGGAUCUUAGGCAAUUCAGGCUAAAUGUCAGGAUUCAAA